AUGAAGUUUCUAGUUUUUCUGGCGGCCGGACUUGCCUUGGCCUUGGCUCAAAGCAUCGGCCAGUGCAACGUGUGUCACUUCAUCUUGGCCCAGGCAAUCAACCACCAAGCCACCAACCACGACAAUAAGACAGCGUUGGAGAGCUUUUUGCUUACGAGCUGCCAGGGUGUCCUCCACAUCUGGGGUCCGGCCGCCUUCCAAUUUUGCCACCAGGACAUUGCCCAGAAUAUGGACACUAUCUACGCCGAUGUGGAAGAAAAAGCGCUGAUGAAACAUGUGCCGACAUGCACAACUGUGCGCCAACAACGAAGACACCGAUGCGGGCGUAGAAAAAUUAUUUGUUCU